AUGGCAUCAUCGUCUGUGGUGAAGAGGAUCAAGCUGGGGUCGCAGGGACUUGAAGUAUCGGCACAAGGACUUGGGUGCAUGGGCAUGUCUUCAGGCUACGGCCCUCCAAAGCCUGAAGCUGACAUGAUCCCCCUCAUCCACCAUGCAAUCAACAAUGGGGUCACCUUCCUCGACACCUCCGAUAUCUAUGGACCGCACACCAACGAAAUACUUCUCGGCAAGGCUUUGAAGGGAGAGAUGAGAAAGAAAGUGGAAUUAGCUACCAAAUUUGGUGUGAGCACCAAGGAUGGGAAAUGGGAAAUUCGCGGUGAUCCAGCAUAUGUGAGAAUUGCUUGUGAAGGGAGUUUGAAGAGGCUUCAAGUUGAUUGCAUAGAUCUUUAUUACCAACAUCGCAUCGAUACGAGCCUUCCAAUUGAAGUCACGAUGGGGGAACUCAAGAAAUUGGUUGCAGAGGGUAAAAUCAAGUAUAUAGGUCUGUCGGAGGCUUCUGCUUCGACAAUCAGGCGAGCUCAUGCUGUUCACCCUGUAACAGCUGUGCAGUUGGAAUGGUCCUUAUGGUCAAGAGAUGUGGAGGAAGAAAUUGUUCCUACUUGCAGAGAACUUGGCAUUGGAAUUGUUGCAUACAGUCCUUUGGGGCGAGGAUUCUUUUCUUCAGGGCCUAAGCUGGUUGAGAACUUGUCGGAAGGAGACUUCAGAAAGAUACUGAAAUGGUUGUUCCAACCUUCAAAUAUUGAACAGCAACUGCCCAGGUUCCAGUCUGAAAAUCUAGAGCAUAACAAGCAGCUCUUUGAGAGGGUUGAGGAGAUCGCUGCAAGGAAAAGAUGCACCCCAUCACAACUAGCCCUAGCGUGGGUCCAUCACCAAGGAGAUGAUGUAUGUCCCAUUCCUGGAACUACCAAGAUAGAAAACUUCAACCAGAACCUUGGAGCUUUGGCUGUGAAACUAACGCAAGAAGAAAUUGCUCAACUCGAAUCCAUUGCUGCCAAAGGGGAUCGAUACCCAGGAAACAUGGGUACUUUCAAGUAUGCAGACACUCCUCCGUUGUCUUCCUGA